AAUUGUGAUAACUCCAAUUUUUUUUUUUCACUUUUCAGCGUGGUUGUGGAGAAUUAAUUAACAAACAUGCCAAAAGUAUAUAAGCCAGAUCCACGCGGCAAGCGUUAUCAAAAACCUAACAAAUCUGAUUUAGCUAAUGCUGUUGCUGCUGUCAAACUCAAGAAAAUGUCCUACAGAGAAGCCGAGUCAGUUUACGGUAUCAAUCAUUCAGUUAUUUACAGACAUGUUAAAAAUCCGGAGAUCAAAACACAAGGAGGCCAAACAUCACUUUCUAAAGAAGAAGAGAAUUUAAUUGUAUCAGGUAUUUUGUUAUGCGCUGAAUGGGGUUAUCCGUUUGGCAGAUUCGAUUGUUGUUUUGUAAGUUUAUAUAAUUAAAUUAGUUAAUAUAAGAAACUUAAAAAGACUAUUAAAUUCAA